AUGAUGAGAUUAUUUCCACGCGGGAACUUAUCUUUCAUCAACAACCGAUUCGUGUUAACUUAUCAAUCAAGAAAAUCUUCUUCAAACACCUCACGAAUCAAUGAGGAAACAGUCGGAGAAAUCACAGCCAUUCUCAGGAACCGCAACUGGCCUCACCUCCUAAAUUCAUCACCUAAUCUUCUGAAAUCGCUAAACCCAGAUGUGAUUCAAUCUGUUCUUUACCAAAACCAACGUGCUGACCCUAAUCGUCUUCUCCAUUUCUUCAAUUGGUCGCUUCAUCAAAUUGGUACUCUUCAAAACCUAAAAUCUUUCUUGAUUCUCGCUGCGGUUCUUUGUAACUCCAAUCAGUCAAGACAUGCUAGUCUUCUGUUAGGGCAAAUGAUUGAAACCCGGAAGCCGGUUUCAGAUAUCAUGGAAUCAAUUGCUAGUUUUUGUGUGGAGGGCGAGGGUUUAAACUCUGGGUCUUCCUUAUAUGGAAUGAUUAUUGAUGCUUAUAACAACAAAAGAAUGUUCGAUGAAGCUGUUUCUGUUGUAUCAGGUAUUAACAAUAGGAAUCAUUUUCCAGAUUCUUCUUGUGUUCAUUCUAUGAUGACAAAUUUAUCGAAAUAUUAUAAAAAAGAGUUAGCCUGGAAGGUGUAUGACAAAAUGCUUGAGUUACAUAUUGUUCCUGAUGUGUAUAUAUACACCAACUUGAUUAGUGCUCUAUGCAAAAAUGGAAACAUGAGCGAGGCCAAAAGGGUGUUUGUGGAAAUGGGUGAAAAGGGUUGUGAUCCAAGUUUGGUAACAUACAAUGUGCUCAUUGGAGGAUUAUGCAGAGCUGGGCUUUUGGAUGAAGCUUUUGAGCUUAAAACAUCAAUGGCAGACAAGGGCUUGGUUCCUGAUCAAUAUACUUACACAACACUCAUAGAUGGGCUAUCCAAAGCUAAGAGAUUGGAAGAAGCAAAGAUGGUUCUAGAAGAUAUGUCAAAGGUAGGCACAUAUCCUGACCAUGUGACAUAUAGUGCUUUGAUUGAUGGGUUCAUGAAACAAGGGUGUGUAGACGAGGCUUUGAAGUUAAAAGAUGAAAUGUUUGUUAAUGGAGUCAAGUUAAAUGUUUUUACUUACAAUUCAAUCAUAUCUGGGCUCUGUAAAGCUCAUCGCUUUGAAGAAGCAAUUGGAAUAUUGACAGGUAUGAAAGAAAGAGGUACUCCACCUGAUGUUUAUUGCUAUAAUUCCCUUAUAAUCGGUCUUUGUAAAGAAAAAAAGAUGGAAGAAGUGCAGUCAAUGUUAACUCAAAUGAAGAAUAAUGGUGUUAAACCGAAUUCUUUCACUUAUGGAUCGAUAAUCAAUGGAUAUAGUAAAGUGCAGGAUAUGGAGUUUGCAGAUAGGUAUUUUAAGGAAAUGAUUGACUCUAAUAUAAUCCCAGAUCGUAUUAUAUUUACAACUAUGAUAGAUGGUCAUUGCAAAAAGGGAAACAUAAAAGAAGCAUUUUCAAUAUUCAAAAGUAUGAUUGGAAGAAACAUUCUUCCUGAUGUCAUCACUUACACCUCUCUCAUUUCUGGGCUAUGUAAGAAUGGUGAUAUGCAAGAAGCUUUCAAUUUGGUUGAUGAAAUGAGUCAAAAAGGGGUUCCUCCAAAUAUUGUAACUUACAAUGUUUUGAUAAGUGGGUUAUGUAAAUUAGGUGAAAUCAAGAAAGCUAAGGAGUUAUUUGAUGGAGUUUCUUGUAAGGGUUUGACACUCGAUGGUGUGACUUAUGCUACAAUGAUUGAUGGGUAUUGUAAAUCUGGGCAUUUGUCUGAGGCGUUUGAGUUGUUUGAUAAAAUAAAUGAGAAUGGUGUUGAACCGGAUUAUAUUUCCUAUAAUGCCCUUCUCAAUGGAUGUUGCAAAGAGAAGGAGAUCGAAAAGGCGAUGUUAUUAUUCGAAGAAAUGGUGGAAAAAGGGAUUGCUUCUGCUCAUACUUACAACACUUUGAUUGAUGGGUAUUGCAAGAUGGGAAAGAUAGUGGAAGCGGAUGCUUUAUUGAAAGAUAUGAUUGAAAACAAGCAUAUAAAACCGAAUCAUGUCACUUUCACAAUCUUGAUAGAUUGUUACUGCAAAUCCGAAAUGAUGGAAGAAGCAGAAGAUCUUUUUAUCGAAAUGCAAAAUCGGGGUUUGAUGCCAACGAUUGUGACAUACACUUGUUUAGCUCAUGGUUAUAUAAAAUCGGGAAAAAAAUCGAAAAUGAUUUCGAUAUUUGAGGAAAUGGUGGCGAAAGGUAUUAGUUUAGAUAAAGUGGUGUACGGAAUGUUGGAUGAAGAUGAAGGGAGUUUGGAGAAAUCUUUUAUGCUUUUAGAUGAUUUGUUACAAAAGGGUAUUUCGGGAAAAGAUGUUUAUGAUAAAUUGGUUGAUGGGUUGUGUCAAAAUGGUAAAUUUUCUGAAGCAGUGAAAUCGAUUGAUGAAAUUGGGAAACGUGGGGUUAUGCUUAGUUUUGCUACGUGUACUACUUUAGUACGUAGUUUGCAUAGUGCAGGAUAUAAGAAUAAGUUGGAGGGAGUUUUGAAUAGUAUGGAAGGUUUUGGAUGGGUCCCACAAGCAUCAAGUUUAACUCACUUGAUUGAUCAAGAUGUUGAUUGGGAAAAAGAUGGGCAAGUUGUAUGA